AUGGCCACCCACAGCCACUUCUCUGCAAAUUCACUUCACACUAAACCUUCAUCAGGCACACACAUCAAAGUUGAGGAGAAAUGGCUUGGAUUUACUGCACUUGAUAGAAAGCCAACGCAUCUGAAACUUUCAAAUGGAUGUAGAGCAAGAGCAGCUCUCAAUGCUGAUUUAAGAUCAAUUGAAAUCCCUCGUCAAUGGUACAACCUGAUUGCAGAUCUUCCUGUAAAACCUCCUCCUCCAUUGCAUCCCAAGACCUUUGAACCGGUAAAACCUGAGGAUUUGUCUCCUCUCUUUCCUGAUGAGUUGAUUAAGCAGGAGGCAAGCAACGAAAGAUUCAUAGAUAUUCCAGAUGAAGUUCGUGAUGUAUACAGGCUUUGGCGCCCGUCCCCUCUCAUUAGGGCCAAGAGGUUGGAGAAGCUUCUUGACACACCUGCAAGAAUUUACUACAAAUAUGAAGGUGUCAGCCCUGCUGGAUCACACAAGCCCAACACUGCAGUUCCACAAGUUUGGUAUAAUGCACAACAAGGCAUCAAGAAGGUUGUGACAGAAACAGGAGCUGGUCAAUGGGGAAGUGCAUUGGCUUUUGCAUGCAGCUUAUUUGGUCUUCAGUGUGAGGUGUGGCAAGUGCGUGCUUCUUAUGAUCAAAAACCAUAUCGCAGAUUGAUGAUGCAAACUUGGGGUGCAAAGGUACACCCAUCUCCAUCUAACUUAACUGAAGCAGGUAGAAAAAUCCUACAAAUGGAUCCAUCCAGCCCAGGAAGUUUAGGGAUAGCUAUAUCUGAAGCCGUUGAGAUUGCAGCCAUGAAUGCUGAUACUAAAUACUGUCUCGGAAGUGUUCUCAAUCAUGUUUUGCAUCACCAGACAGUAAUAGGUGAGGAGUGCCUAAAACAAAUGGAGGCGAUAGGUGAAACCCCAGACUUUAUCAUAGGAUGUACUGGCGGAGGAUCCAAUUUUGCAGGGUUAAGUUUCCCAUUCAUCAGGGAGAAGCUGAAAGGGAAAAUGAACCCUGUAAUAAGAGCAGUUGAACCUGCAGCAUGCCCUUCACUAACUAAAGGGGUAUAUACAUAUGAUUAUGGUGAUACAGCAGGGAUGACCCCACUAAUGAAGAUGCAUACGCUCGGGCACGACUUCAUCCCUGACCCAAUUCAUGCUGGAGGAUUGCGCUACCAUGGCAUGGCACCGUUGAUUUCGCAUGUGUACGAACUGGGUUACAUGGAAGCAAUUGCAAUUCCCCAGAUUGAGUGCUUUGAAGGUGCUAUACAAUUUGCUAGAUCAGAAGGAUUGAUACCAGCGCCGGAGCCUACUCAUGCCAUAGCUGCUACCAUUAGGGAAGCUCUGAAUUGUAGGGAGACUGGAGAAGCCAAAGUCAUUCUCACAGCAAUGUGUGGACAUGGCCAUUUUGAUUUGCCAGCUUAUGAUAACUAUCUGCAAGGAAAACUGGUUGACUUGUCAUUUGAGGAGGAGAAGAUACAAGCAUCAUUGGCCAGAGUUCCCAAAGUAGGGGGUUGA